AUCCCUUCAUACUCUCAAAAUAACACUCUCUAUAGUUCAAAUCACAAUCGCCGUUGAAGAUUUAGGAAAAGAGUUGAAUAGGAAAAUCGAUUCCUCACCGCCAAAGAUAAGAAGAAAUAAUCACAAAAAGUUUGGCCGGAAACAUGUCGGAGGGCAUCAUCUUAGGGGCGAUGAUUAAAGUGGAGAAUUUUCUGGAUGAGUCUGAAGGUAUAAUUACCUAUGACGAGCAGAUCCUAAAAGAGGUAGUAAAUGAGCUGAGAAUGAUGCUGAAAUUCUUGAGCGACAAGGAAUCGGGAGAAAGGAGCAGACUAGAUGAUUUGGUAGCUGAGUUUGCCGAGAUGGCUCAAUUUUCAGUGAGCCAACUAAGUCUUAUUGCAGUAGUCUCCAGUGCCCGAAACUGGCUGAGGAAGCUAAAAAAGUGGAUUAUGGAGUUUGGAGAAACAAGUGUUGAAGAAGAAAGAGACAAAGGUAUCGUGGUGGGCUUGGAGAAAGACGUGCACCAGCUUAUUAGUAGAGCAAUUAUUUCCGAGUCGGGCUCCAGAACUAUAUGUAUCAAAGGCAUGAUUGGUUCGGGAAAGACAACUCUAGCGAGACAAGUAUACAACCAUCCGGCCGUCGUUGAAAAGUUCAAGCACCGCCGUGCAUGGAUAAGCCUUUCUCGUGACACAAGUGAAAAGGAGGUGCUCGUUGAACUCAUACACAAGCUUGGGUAUACACAUGAUGGAGAUUCGUUGUUGCUCGAGGAUAUUGACAACUGGAGUCUCCAAAGUAAGCUUUGGGAUAGCCUGCUAGGAAUACCAACUUUCGUAGUUCUUGACAACGUAUCGCCAAAAAUGAACUUGGAUAUCAUCGAUCGUGCUAUUUCGCCUUCAGCCAUGGAAAGUAGGUUGCUGUUAACCAGUUGCUAUUCAGUCAUACCAGAUUACUGCUAUACUUAUGAGAUGAAAGCUUUGGAUCUUGAAAAGAGCUGGCAAUUGUUUUUAAAAACAUUUGAUAAAUUUACAAGUGAUGAGAACAAAUUCUCAAAGGAGUUGGAGAGGAAGGGCAAAGAGAUGUUGAAACAAUGUGGGGGGUUGCCGCUAGCUAUAGUAGAUGUUGGAAGACAGAAGGCAGAGCAAAAACUUUCAGGGAUUGAAUUGGAACAACUUUUUGAUUCAGUAGAUUUUAGUGGAACAUUGAAGUUAUUGGAACCAAUGUAUCAUGAAUUGGAUGAAGAUCUAAAGCCUUGUUUCUGGCAUAUGUCCUUUUUUAAGGAAAAUGCAAUAAUGAAAGAAGAAAAGUUGCAACAGAUUUGGGAUAUAAAUGGAUUGAAAUUUGGGUCAUGUUCACAGUUAGCUAGUCAAUCCGUUAUUGAAGUCGUGCACCCACGCCCAAGGUUUGCUGGAGUGAAAAGUUGUCGCAUCCAUCUUCUACUUCACAGGCUAUCCAUCGAAAAAGCAGAGGAGAAAAUGGGCUUUGAGAUCUUAGGGAGCAAUGUAAGUAAUCGACCCUCGCGGAGUCCUCGUCAUCGUGUUAUUCGUUGUGGCAGAGAGAAGUUUAGUCACUCCACGAAUCAAGACAAACAACUUUCUUCUCUCAUCUUCCAUGGAGGUGGUCGCUACUUGGACAAUGCUAGCCAAUCGUAUUGGAAGAGUUUUGAACUCCUCAAGAUACUCGACAUGGAAGAUUUUGGGGUGAAGACUUUAUCAGAAACUAUUGGCACAUUGACCGAGUUAAGAUACUUGGGAUUGAGAAACAAUUACGUACAAGAGAUCCCACACUCGUUCGGGGGCUUGAUAAAGCUUGAGGUUCUCGAUAUUGCUCAAAACUUUCUGAUAGAGGUUCCGGAUAUUAUCAAGGAUAUGAGCAGCCUUCAAUAUCUCUACAUGUGUGAUGUGAUUUACCGGAACCCUUUGGAAGUAGAUGCGCUAACGAAUCUUAGGACUCUAACCCACAUCUCAAUUUUCGAUUGCACAUUUGAGGCCUCGAGCUUGGAGAAGAUGACUUGUCUCUAUGAAUUGGGCAUUGAAGAAAUGGAUGAAAACUCGAACGUAAGCAAGCUCUUUGCAUCAUUGGCUGAGUUGGAGAGUCUUUGUAAACUUACCUUGAGAGGGUUUCGUUUUAGGAACAUGCCAUGUUUGGACGAGAUUGUUCUUCCAUAUAGAGUCUCUGAGCUCACGCUGAAUGGGCGCCUAGCUAGGCUGCCAAGCCACGAUAUUAUGUAUCGAAUUUCAUCCAUGUCUUUGGUAAAUACUUGUCUUGACGAAGAUCCCAUACCAGUACUAGAGUACCUACCCCUCCUAAUCCACCUCAAACUGCGAAAUGCAUACAUUGGCAGAGAUAUGGUGAUCACAAGUUUAAGCGAGGUUCAAUUCCUCUACAUCAGUGAGAUGUGGAAUCUGAGAAAUGUACAAUUCAGAGAAGGUUCAAUGUUUGAGCUCAAGCAACUCGAAAUCGAGAACUGUCCACAUCUAGAGACUCUCCAACAUGGAAGGGAGUGGAAUCUGAAGAAGUUUAAGAUGGUAACAACCAAGCAAAUUGCAACAAAGAUCAUGAAUUCAGACUUCGUCUCCGGUAUUUUGGAGGUGGACAUCAGUCCAUAAUUUGAAGGAGAUGUAUUCUAUUUAUUGGGAUGUAUUUUUUGAGAUUGUUAUAUUCUUGCACACAUGAUAUGAAAAAUAACGAGCUGAAUGCAUCACCGCAGCCUGAUCGAACGUCGCCAGCAGCAAAUGAGUAGGACUAGGCCGUCGAAGAUUGAUCAGCCCAAGCGAAUCAGAUCCCGACCCAUGAUGUAUAAGGACUUCGUCAGCAAAUAAACCAUGGAUUUCCUUUAGAUUUAUUGCAUGUUAUUUACCUUA